AAAGACAGAAUACUAAAUUUUGCUUUGACAUUACAACAUCUAAACAGAGAAGUGUUUCACUCGCACUGCUGAAAUCACACAUUGACUUUUACUUUGUUGUCUCUCCUCUGUAGCAGCCUGAUCAUUUGGUGAUGGGUUUUAUGACAGACAUCAUGUUACUGAGUCUCCUCUUUAUUCCAAGCACUUUGGUUGCUUGUCCUGAUCCUACAAACCUGUUCAUCACUGCACCAACAGAGAUGGAAGCUCUGAGUGGAUCAUGUUUACACAUCCCAUGUAACUUUAGUGACUAUGGACUGACUGGGAGCAAUGCGUUUGACAGCACAAGACCUGUGUUUGGAGUGUGGAUUAAAAAUAAUCAUGACUUUGGCAGUAAUCUAAACAAUGUGAUCUUCAACAGCAGUUUGACAGUUAACAUCUAUCCAAUGAAUAUUACAGGAAACCUGACACAGAGAAACUGCACCACUCUGUUUUCCAAUUUAACCACAAAUUAUACAAACACAUACUACUUCAGAAUUAUGAACUUGCCGUUCAGAGCAACAGCUGUUUGUGAUCCUCUUCGAAUAACAAUUAAAGAUUCUCCUUGGAGGCCCAAUAUUACAAUCCCAGGUGAUCUGAAGGAGAAGGAGUCUGUCACUAUAACCUGCUCAGCUCUCACUCCCUGUCCACACUCCCCUCCUCAACUCACCUGGAAUCUCACACAAGACUCUGACAACAAAACAGAGCAAAACACAGAUGGAAGCUUUACAACUAAAAUCCAGCAGACCAUCACUCUGUCAGACACACAUGAUGGAACGAAGAUCAGCUGCUCUGCCAGAUAUCCUGUGAACCAAGGAAAAGACACCAAGACAGCAGAGACAGAAGAGACUCUCAGUGUUUCAUAUGCUCCUAAAGACACCUCAGCAUCCAUCAGUCCAUCAGGUUUGGUGUCAGCAGGCAGCUGGGUGAAGCUGACCUGCUCCAGCAGAGCCAAACCUCCAGUCAGCAGCUUCACCUGGUUCAAGAAGAGCAGAGCCAUCUCGGCUCUUCUUGAACCAGGUGAAACUGUGAAAGCAUCUGAAGGAGAGAUUUACAGCUUCAAUGUAACAGAUGGAGGAGUUUAUUACUGUGUGGCCACUAAUGAUCUGGGUAAUCAGACAUCAGGAGAGAUUCUUGUGACUGUUAAAGGCAAUGACAAACUGUGGCAACAUAUUGGCGUAAUCAUUGGGAUCAUUUUACUCUUAAUCUUACUCUGCUUGAUAAUCUUUGUUUGCUGGUUAAAAUCGAAGCAUCAAAGACAACAACAGACUCAGAUUCAAAUAAAUGAAAAGCAGGUUGUUGAAGAACCUGGAAGUAAAACAGAGGAAGUUGAAGAAAACAUCCAUUAUAGUGAGAUUAACAUUUCCACGCAUGAAGCAUCCUCUGACUCAGUGCAGGACAGAGGACAGGAGCAGGAUACAGUGUACGCACAGGUGAAAGUCACCAAGCCAGAAAACAACUUAACACAGAGUCCUCGUGUCCAGGAGGAACUCUACAGUGAGGUGAAGAAAAUUUGAAAUGUUGUGAAAUGACAUUACUUCAGCGUCGACAUACACACAUGGAGCUUUUCAGUGGGUCAUUUUCACAGUUCAGUGACGUUAAACAAAGAAACAACACUCUGCAGCUUUUCAUGUUCUGUUUUCAUUUUUCUUGUGUUCAUGAAAAAUCUGAAUAAACAGAAGUUUACUUCAAAUUUACUUCAAUAAGGAACUGGUUUCAGAUGUCAGCUGAUGCUGUUCUGUAAAACUGAAAAUCAAAACCUACGCAUGCUGUAGCUUCUUUGUUUGAGUUUUUUUCUGCACCCUGCACUCAACAGUUGUGUCAAGCUGACGUGUCCCAGUCUACGCCUCUCCUUUAUUUUGACAUUCUCGUGUUUCAUGUUCAGUGUGUUUAGUUUUGCUUCCCUUGUGUCAUCAUGUUUAUUUGCAUCGGCUGUUUCCACUUCCCCCAUUAUCCUUCUGUGUAUUUAAGUUUUCUGUCUCCCUUUGUUUAUCUUUUAUUUGUCUCAUGUCACUGGAAUUCUCAAAUCUCAUCAUGUUCAUGUUUCUCAAGUCUAGCCCUAGUUCACCCAGUAUAAGUGAUAGUUUAGUUUUCAGCUUUGUUCGCCUUUUUGUUUGCCAUUUGCUUUUGUAUUUUUUCAUCAGCCUGAAUAAACGGCAUGCUUUUUGUUAAAGAGAGGACAGCUGAUGUCAUUAUGCAUCAGACUGUUUAUGUGAAAUAUUCCUGAUAUAGUUCUUUUAAGUCAUCUUUUUCUUCUUUCAGCUGCUUUUGUUAGACCCUUUAGAGUCCCGACUGUUACCUCCACACUCCUGCGUUUAUACUUUGACCCUGGCUCUCAACAAGUUUCCCCUUUCCUUUUCCUUUGUCUUUGGUCAACAGUGAUACAAUUUCCACAUGCACCAUGUUGAACAAUAUCAACAGGGGGAGUUAAUCUGGGCUCGAGCUGAUCUGCCAUUGAAAUAUCAUUCUUUAUAUCCACAUGUUUUAUUUUGCAUAGAGUCUAUGUUGGAUGCUCUUCCUGAUGCAACCCUCC